AAGUUCAUACGCAGUGUUCGACACUCGACGAUCCGUUAAUUUCAAUGUAUACUUUAUAUUUUGAAAAACAUUCGCCGCUUAUAUCCGUUCGAGCAACUGCGUCUUCAAAAGCUUCGAAUCCAAAUCCAAAUCCAGUUGUUUCGUGCGCUUUGUUGCCUCGGCAGCCUCACCCUUCCUCGUGGAGUGUUUUCGAGGUUUUAGAUAUUUCGGUAGGUUUCACUCGAUUUGGCGAGAACGGAGAAAUAAGCGACGUCCACAGGACUUUAUUUAAAAACUGCAAUCCUUCGAAUGUGGUCGACUUCGAGCGUAGGACGGCGACGCGAACGCUCGAGGAGGCUAUUUCGACGCCGAGAUCCUCGAACUGACGGGGCUGUGCAUUCUACAAAGGGAAGCGAUCGGACUGUCCUCUCAUCUCGACAACUUUUCUGUCGCUGUACCAUCAUAACGCUAUUGUUCGAUGGGUAAUUGGUUUUCAGGACUACCUGCGGCUCGGCUGUUGAUGCAAAAGGUGCUGUAGGGCCCUACUGCCUAACGUUUGCUGACGAGGACAUCCUUGCAAAGAAUGAGAUCGUGGAUCCUAGCAUCGGCCUCCAGAAAAGGAAGGAAUGGGGACACGUUUUCCAGGGAGCCGCGAGCUGCACUUGGACCCGCAAAGAGCCGCGUGCGGCUCGCGAGCCUCACUUUGGCCACUCCUGAGAUAAUAUCCAUGUCGGGCAAGGUGUGCACGUCAACCAGGAAUGCGGGCAACAUGCGGAGAGCAGAGUGCGACUCCAUGUUUUGCAAGAUCACUGCUGCUUCCAUAGGGCUGCUUUUGACUACACCUGAGGGAGAAAGGUACCACCAGGCUGAAAGGGCAGCCCGGCACCAGAAGAUAUGGCGGUACCUGUCAGAAAAGCUGUCCAAUCUCAAAAGAAAUCACUACCAAGGCUCAUCCCUUUGCUGCCUGUCCUCCCCCGAUGCGUGGUCCCACCACGGACUGCCCAUGCUGUUGCAGGUCUGCCAUCGCUUGCACCCCAUGUUGUAGCCUUUUUACCCUUUUCUUCAUAUUAAUUUAGCUUAAUUUAUAUAUUGCCAAUACUAUUGAAAUGGAACAAUUGUACUAUCGCAGCCAAUAUGAGCUGAAACGCCACUGCACGUGGCACGCGAUGAGAGUUGUCUCUCAGAUUGUUCAGCAAACCUUGGUAUGCUUUGAGGUAGAAACAAAUCACUUCUUGUGCUCGUUGCACCACUAUGCCGUUCCGUGUCAAUUUUCAGCUCAUGGUGGCACAAUGAGUGCAAGAAGCAACCUGCCUAAACCUCAGCAAACACAGCGGUUCACUGAUAAUCCGACAGGUGGCUCUGAUAGUACCGCACGCCAAGCGUCAUGGCGCUUCAACUAAUAUUGGUCACAAUAGUACUUCCUCGAAUGUUUCUGGUUUUUCUGUACUACCUAGCCAUUCCGCCCAGCGAAACAAUGUAUGAUUUCAUAACUUCAUAAUAAAAAUAUCAAA